CCUGGUCCGGACUGGCUGCCGCUAUCACCAUCCAUCCUCCACUGCCCGUUGAACCGUCGUCCCUCGACGACGCUGUGCCUGCGGGAGUUGUCACAUUGCGCUUUGCUCUGUGACUCGUCCAGACCGUCUGCUUUCCCCGCUGCACGGCGAACGUGAGCGCCAUGGCAGGAACCGGCCAUGUCUCUGUCUCGACUCAAAAAGUCCCGUCAGCCCUCCUGGCGCUGGAGGCUUGGUUUCAUGAUGAUCAUUCCUGCAGUGCUGGAUCGCUCGCCGUGACUGUGAACUCUUGAUGGGAUUCUAGUCGAGGAUAUUCAAAGCUUUUACCUCCUGUGGCGCUUCUGUUCGAGACUUGCUCUGUGCUCUGUCCCUUUCCUCCUUCCUGUACUCCUCCCUCCCACCCUCACAAUGAGAACCUUCACAGAGUCGAUACCUCGGUGGACAGCAGCCCUCACGCUGCUUUGUCUGAGCCUGGUCCAUGCCCACUCCAUCAUCACCUACCCAGGAUACCGCGGCAACAACCUCCACACCAACGGCACAGUCGAGCAGACGAACGGUCUCGGAGUCGCCUAUGACAAUGGCUCCUACGUCUACCCCUAUGGAAUGCAAUGGAUCUACCCUUGCGGCGGUAUGCCCACCUCCCGCAAUCGCACCAAGUGGCCCGUCACCGGCGGUGCCGUCGCCCUCCAACCAGGCUGGUUCCGCGGCCACUCGACGGCCUUCAUCUACAUCAACAUCGGCUGGGGCACCAUCCCUCCCAACAUGAGCAACCCCAUGGUCUCCGUCUUCGAGAUCACCGGUCCCACCAACGACCCCUACCCCGGCACCAUCUGUCUCCCGCAGGUGCCCCUGCCCGCCAACAUGACCGUCAGCCCGGGUGACAAUGCCACCAUCCAGAUUGUCGAGGCCGCCAAGCACGGCGCUGCACUCUUUGACUGCGUGGACAUCACCUUCGCCGAACCCGAAGACGUCGAAGAAGUCACCAAAGAAAACUGCUUCAACUCCACCGACAUCGGCUUCCGAUACGUCUUCGCCUCGCAGUCCCUGACCUCCGGGGCUAUGGCGCGCAUGGCCAGCCCGGGUGUGAUGGCUGUGGCGCCGAUUCUGUUGAUUGUCGUGUUGGGAUCUCUUAUGAUGUAGAUGCCUGUUUUUCUGUUAUUGUUAUAUCCAAGUACAUACCCUGUCUCUCCUUGGUUAUCAUACCCCAUGGCUGUGAGUCGAGCCGAUAAUGACUCGUUGUGAGCAUGUAAUGCUGAAUGAAUGAAUUAUGUUUUUGAUUGAGAGUGGCGUUUUGGUUGAAUGAUUGGGUAAUGGGUUACGUAUAUAUGUGAAUGGCAUUCCUACUCCGACUUACUUCUAUAUGGUUCGUUAUGUAUAAGAGAUCUAUCUCUACAACCCCUUG